CGUCAAUAUUCUGCUCUCAAAUUUCUCACUGUCAAAGGGCUACGCCAUAUGCUAUCUUUAGAGUUCAAUGACGCUGAGUAGGAGUGGCGGAACUUCCUCACAUCAAUGCCGGAUAUCGACAGGAUAGCGUCAGGAAUGAGUAUGUUGAAGGAGAAUGGCGACCAUCUCUUAAUUGAUGAGCACUCUGUCUUGCCUUCCACAGCCCACCAACCACUUAAAGGCUGCCCGAGCGAUGCUGCCCCAAGAGGGGGUUCCAUCAGCACCGAAGAGACCUGGCAAGAUGGGCGAGCAGGUUCAAUCUGUCCCGAAAGGGAUGGUGAACUCCAUUGUAAACGCCCGGGGGAUGUGGCAUCAGCCUUCGAUAAGAGGAUCCUAUUGAACGAAACCCCUUCUGGGCUUGGAGAGGUAGAAAGUUCUCUUGGGGUUCGGUGGGCUCCUCUUAGCAUUAGCCCGAGACGACGCUUUCAGACUUUAGUGGUCCUGUAUCACACCGUUUCCAUCGCUAUAUUUCUAACAGCUUUCUUCUUCUCCUGCGCCAUACCGUUAUUCUGGCCGCUUUUGCUGCCCUACCUUAUUUAUAUUUCGCUGUUUUCGAAGGUGGCCACUGACGGCUCUCUACGACGGCGGAGUCGGUUUCUGCGAUCGCUUAGAAUCUGGACGUAUUUCGCAGGAUACUUCCCGGCGAAGCUUCAUCGCUCCGAAGUUCUUUCACCAACGAGAAAAUAUAUUUUCGGAUAUCAUCCCCAUGGGAUUAUAUCGCAUGGAGCCUUCGCAGCUUUUGCGACUGAAGCUCUCGGGUUCUCCGAGCUUUUUCCCGGUAUUACCAAUACCUUACUUACCCUAGAUUCUAAUUUCCGCCUCCCUUUCUAUCGCGAUUACGCUCUAGCUAUGGGUCUAGGAAGUGUGUCUCGCGAAUCCUGCGAAAACCUUCUCUCCAGGGGAGGCGCAGAUGGAGAGGGCAUGGGACGAGCAAUUACCAUUGUGGUUGGGGGUGCGCGUGAAUCUCUGGAUGCCCAGCCACACAUGAUUCGUCUAGUCUUAAAGCGACGCAAGGGCUUCAUCAAACUUGCCAUUCGCACAGGCGCAGAUCUUGUGCCGGUGCUGGCGUUCGGGGAGAACGAAUUAUAUAAACAAGUGGCGUCCGACCAACAUCCCCUCAUACAUAAAUUUCAGCUUCUAGUGAAGCGUACGAUGGGAUUCACGAUCCCUCUUUUCCAUGCCAGGGGCGUGUUCAACUAUGAUGUUGGAUUGAUGCCGUAUCGAAGGCCGUUAAAUAUUGUGGUCGGGAGACCGAUUCAAGUGAUGCAGGAACGAAACAAGAAUAACAUUGAAGAUGCGUACGUGGAUGAACUGCAUGCCAGAUAUGUCGCCGGUUUACAGAAACUAUGGGAGGAGUGGAAGGAUACGUUCGCAACGGAAAGGGCAUCGGAAUUGGAAAUUAACUGAUUAUCUUGAGUCAUGGGAUAUUAAAUGCCCAUUGUGUUUAAGUUGACUGUCUCUUUUCUAUGGUUAACCGUCCUGCGUUACAUAUUCAGCGCU